AUGGAUAAUAAUAAUAACAAUGAUAAUCAGCAUGCUGCUGGUAUUAGUAGUAGUAACAGUAACUAUAGCUUUGGUGCAGAGUCAACGGUGGAAGUGAACAGAUUCUUUGGUAAACCAUGCAAUAAAGAAAAUCAAGAGAUAAUCACAUUUAAAUCGGAUAUUACCUUUCUAAUUGGCCCGCCUAAAUCAUGUAAAUCAUCAUUAUUAUUUCAAUAUGGAUAUAGCUAUACUAAACAAGGAUACUCUGUACUAUAUAUAUGUGAAAAGAAAAGAUUCAACUCUUCACUACCAAUGAUGUCCAACUCUGAGAAGAUUUCAAACAAUCAAGUUAAUCUUAAACAUUUAAAGAUAAAACAAAAUCCAAUGUUAAAGUGUAAAGCGAUAGUAACAGACAUUGAAAGUAACUUUUAUAUUGUACAACGAUGGGCUAAUCUUGCAUUACAAAUCAGUCAUUCACCAGAAAUAACAUUACCAUCUACUACUACUACGACCAACACAAAUACCUCUGAUAUACUUUAUAAUAAUAAUAAUAAUAAUGAUUCAAGUAGUUUUCAACAACCAACACCAAUAUCGACAACGAACACAACCCAACAACAACAACAACAACAACAACAGAAUACAGAUCAAGAUAGAAAACUAUAUUUAUUAUUAAGAAAAUAUGAUCAAACACACAACUUUAUUAAUAUUCAAUUCACAGUUCAACCUUCAAUAUCAACUUUUAAAUUUGAUUGUAUACAAUUUAAUCAAAAAAAUAAUAAUGGUAAUAAUGAUAAUGAUAAUGAUAAAUAA